AUAGUAUUGGUUUUAAGUUCAAAUUAAUUUGUCAGGCCUUACAAAAUUUGUAAUCGUAUUAAUUUUCGUUAUUGGCUGAAAAAAUCGCUAAUCAUGACGUACAUUGUGCGGAGUGCAUGUCGUUUGUCACCAUGGAUGGUGCCUCGAGAUACCGCUAGCUACUCUAAGAAUGCCAAAAUUGCCUCACAACCGGUGGUGCAGCUUGAUCGUGGUCCCUUUGCCUCACAAUUGGACUACAAAUCCCGAUUGCAGUUUAAUGCGCCCACCUUAGAUUAUGCGCUGAGCGGAAUCAUUUGCACAAUUGGUCCUGCUACCAAUAAGCCGGAGACAAUCGUGAAGCUAAUCGAGGCAGGGAUGCGAGUGGUGCGCCUAAAUUUCUCGCACGGAACGCACGAAUACCACUGCAGGACGAUACAAGCGGCGCGCAAGGCUAUCGAUUGCUAUACGCAUAAGAUGGGGGUGCACAAGCCAGUGGCCAUUGCAUUGGACACCAAGGGGCCAGAGAUACGCACAGGUCAAAAUGAGGGCAGCGAUACGGCUAUAAUUGUACUCAAGCGGGGCGAUAAAAUCAAGUUAACUACCGAUAAGAGCGUGGAGAACAAAGGCAACAAGAACAUGAUAUACGUUGACUAUGAAAAACUCAGCCUGAUUAUUAAGCCGGAAAAUAUAAUAUACAUCGACGACGGACUUAUAUCAAUGCGGGUGCUGCAAGUCACCGGCAACCAGAUUGUCUGCGAGGUGGUGAAUGGCGGAAAACUCGGUUCGCGCAAAGGUGUUAAUUUGCCUGGUACACCCGUUGAUUUGCCCAGCAUUUCAGAGAGAGAUAAAUUGGAUCUGAAGUUUGGCGUUGAGCAAGAUGUGGACAUGAUCUUUACCUCUUUCAUUCGUGACGCUACGGCCAUCGAUGAAAUUCGUAAAAUUCUGGGGACCGUUGGAAAGCAUAUAAAGAUCAUAUCAAAAAUUGAGAACCAACAGGGUCUGCAAAAUAUUGACAGCAUCAUCGCCGCUUCAGAUGGUGUUAUGGUGGCUCGUGGUGAUCUUGGAAUCGAAAUUUCCACCGAGCAAGUCGUACUGGCCCAAAAAUGCAUAAUUGCGAAAUGUAACAAGAUGGGCAAGCCAGUUAUCUGUGCCACCCAGAUGCUAGCUUCCAUGGAGGAUAAUCCGCGACCAACUCGAUCCGAGGCUUCAGAUGUUGGCAAUGCCAUAUUCGAUGGCGCCGACUGUGUAAUGCUGUCCGGUGAAACAGCCAAGGGCAUGUAUCCCGUGGAGUGCGUCAGAUGCAUGACGGAUCUAUGUUCAAAGGUUGAGUCUGUCCUAUGGUACGAGCAGAUGCAAAAUGAGAUGAAGACCGUGGUACAGUCAUCAACGUCAGAUAACUUAUCGGCGAUUACUUUGGGCAUCACUGAAAUCGCAUCUUUGAGUCGAGCGAAUGCCAUAGUUAUAGUCAGUCCAUGUCCGUUAAUGGCUCAAUUGAUAAGUCAGUUUCGCCCAAGGUGUCCGAUUGUCUUUGUUACGGGUAAUCCGAGGGUAGCCAGGCAAUCGGUACUUUAUCGCGGUGUCUGUCCGCUUGUUCCUGAGGCAAUGGCGAAUGGUUGCAUCGAUUUUGCCCGUAUUCUGACAAUGAGUUUAGAACAAAUGGCCAAACUGAAAAUUAUAAAUGUCGACCAGACGCUUAAAGUGAUGUCUGUAAAUGCCUUAAAGGCAGAUAAGAUCUCUUUCCGACUCCUCCACAUGAAGCAAAAAUCUCAGGAAACAAAAUGCAAGGAAACGGCCGCAAUAAAAGCAAAGUGCUCUGCAAAAAUCACAAAUUGCUUUAAAAAAUCCUGAUCAAAUGAAAUCACAGGGUUAAACCCAUUUGGAAAAAGAAAUAAAAUUGGCAUUGACAGAAAUCAGAUUUUAAAUGUCUACAUUUUUAAAUAUUAUUGUUUAAUAAAAAGCAUCUCCUUAUCUUAAA